AUGCAGAAAACUACAUUCGACAACUUGCUCCAAAAAUUAUCCCAGGAACUAAAACAUCAAGAUACUUUUAUGCGAGAGAGUAUAUCGCCCGCAGAAAGAUUGGCUGUAACUCUGAGGUAUCUAGCAACAGGAGAUACCUUUACUGACCUAUACUACAGCUAUAGAAUUGGAAUAAAAACCAUAAGUUGCAUCGUACGUGAAGUAUGCCACUACAUUUGGUUAGAACUGUAUAAAGAAUAUAUGAAAAUGCCAUCUAAAGAAGACUGGCUACACAUUGCAAGCAAAUUUCAAGAAUCUUCCAACUUCCCGCUGUGCUUAGGAGCGGUCGAUGGAAAACACAUCAGACUUAUUAAGCCAAUUGAUAGUGGCUCGAUGUUUUUAAAUUACAAACAUUUUUUUUCUAUAGUUUUGAUGGCAGUAGUAGAUAGCGAUUACAACUUUAUAUUUGUUGACGUUGGCGCCUACGGAAAGGAGUGUGAUUCCAGUGUGUUUAAAGAGACCCCAUUUUGGAAAAAUUUAACAAACAACGGAUUAAAUCUACCCGAUGCAACACGUUUGCCUGGAAUUGACUACGAUUUGCCAUAUGUGUUCGUUGCGGACGAAGCCUUUGCUUUGCAUUAUCACUUGCUUCGUCCAUUUGGUGGUCAUCAGCUUGAUCAAUUAAAACGUACAUUUAACUACAGACUCACAAGAGCGCGAAGAUUUGUUGAAUGUGCGUUUGGCAUUUUAUCCAAUAAAUGGCGAAUUUUUCACCGGCCAAUGAAUGUGUCCAUCGAUUUGGCAGUUGAUAUUGUGAAAACAUGUUGUGUUUUGCAAAAUUUUAUACAUAAGCAGGAAAACUUUCAGUUUCACAAUGCGAGUGAAAAUGAGUCCACCCUUGAUUCAGAAUCGGAACUAAUCCAGUUACCUAUCACGAAUGCAGUUCGCGGAAGUUUGGCGGCUAAUGAAGUUCGCAACAGAUUUGCACAAUAUUUUGUAUCUAACGAAGGUCGCCUCUCCUAUCAAAACAACUAUGCAUAAGUAAAAAGUUAAUAAUUAAAUAUCUGUAA